AUGAGUUCUUCAGAUAAUAAUAAUUUAGAUAUCACUGGUGAUGAUAAACCAAAUUGGAGAGAUAAUGGUGUUAAAGUAAUAAAGAGUAAUCAAUUAGAUUCCAAUACUGCACAGACACCUGGAAUGCAUCGUGCUGCCGCCAUCAACGCUGCGAGAGUCGGUGCACAAAAGAUAUGGGCAGGUACCGUUACUAUUCAUGCCAAUGCGAAAACCGGUGCUCAUCAUCAUGGUGCAUUGGAAUCUGUUAUUUUUGUUAUUAGGGGUAAGGCAAGAUUGAGAUGGGGUGAGAAACUUGAAUAUGUGGCCGAAGCUGAACCCGGUGAUUUUAUCUUUGUUCCACCGUAUGUACCACAUCAAGAGAUCAACGCAAGUGACAAUGAACCAUUGGAAUGUGUAUUGGUUAGAUCGGAUAAUGAAGCUGUCGUAGUCAAUUUGAACAUUGAAGCCGUCGAGAAACCAGAGAAUGUAUAUUGGAUAGAUCCAAUUCAUAAACAACAACAUGAACAUGAUCAUCAACACGAUCAUCAACACGAUCACCACGAUCACGAUCACGAUCAUGACCAUGAACAUUCUCCACAUGAAGGACAUCAUCAAGCUCAUCCAAAUCAACAUGAUAUGUGUGAUAACAGUCACGCACAUGAUAAUCAACAAUAA